UGAAAAUAAAUCGAAAAUUAAAUGUUAUGUGAGUAUGUGUGCUGCUACCAUUGCCGUUGCUGUCAAAUUCGAUCAGAUGCAUAGCGCAAUAAUGUGAUUUGUAACGUUGGCAACAUUGUCGAAAUUCAAAAUGGCGAAAACUGCUAUGUGACAACAUUAGAAACUGAAAAAUUGCCCGUAAAAACAAUUUGUAAGAAAAUUGCAGUACAAUCGCUGACUACAGGCGAAGCAUUUUUGUUGUAACAUUUUAUUUCAUUUCAAAUUCAAAUGCAAAGAAAAAGUUCGCAUAAAACAUUUGAAAUUUCAUUUAAGCAAUAUGUAAAUAUCGAAGCGACUAUAAUGAAAAUAAAAUAAUCCAAACAAAUGUACAUAACAACUGUUAUUUUUUUGUUUCGCGACCGAACAAAAGAGUGAACAGAACAAGAGUAUUUUAAUGAAAUAUACUAUAUACAAUAGUAUACACACAUAGUAAACGAAAGAAAGAAGAAAAAAAAAACAUACAGAGAGAAAAUCAAGACGAACAUAAAUUCAUGUGCGAAAUAAAGUGUACUCAUUUUGUGUAAAUAUUUCUACAAUUUGAAAAGGAAGGAAAAUCAAACGAAAACAAAAAUAGUGUUUCGGUUGAAUCGAAACAUUUCGGAUUUGUUGUUUGCAUCCAAUUAAAAACAACACAGUAUGGACAACAAUGGAUCUGGCGGAGUUUAUGCGGCGGAAAAAAUCAUUAGAAAACGAUAUAAAAAGGGCAAAGUGGAGUACCUUGUAAAAUGGAAGGGAUGGACACCACGAUAUAAUACAUGGGAGCCAGAGGAAAAUAUUUUGGAUACCCGUUUAAUUCAAAUAUUUGAACGAACAAGUGAUUUGAUAGUGUCAAAAAAACAACACCGACCAAAGAAACGGGAACGCAUUUUACAACCCGAUACCGACGAUGACGACGAUGAUGAAACAACAAUCGGCGAUCGUCUCGACAAUUCGACGAGCCGUACGUAUGACAACAGCCCAUCAUAUAAUAAAUCGCACUCAAUUGUGAAUCAAUCAAUGGAGAAAGAACGUUCGUUUAAGCCAAAAAAAGAGAGUAAAACGCCUGCAUCAAGUACGAAUAAUAGUAGCACCAUAAUACCAACAAUAAAGGUGAAUUCACUGUCUAGUAAACAACAUUCAGUCGAUUCAAAAGGCCGACAACCAUAUAAUUCCAAUGGCAGUACAUCAAUUGAUAUUCGAUUAAAAUCAGACUCGGGAUCAAAUCAUCAUAUUAAGAAAACAUCGCAAAUAUCACACCGGACAUCAUCAAUUCUAAAUGAUGACAUUGUCGAUACGAAUUCAAGUAGCAGCGAUGAUCAGCCAUUGAGCCAAUCGAGUGCUGGUAGUAAGAAACGUACAAAAACAUUUUCAAAUGCAACAACGACACCAUCGACAACGCCAAACACAACCACCAAGCGAAAAGUCGAGGUGCUGUCAAAAGAAUCGGGCAAAAUUGGUGUUACUAUAAAAACAUCACCCGAUGGACCGCCAUCAAAUAAAUUAUUAUGUACAAAUGUAUCGGCCACACCGAUAACUGUUCCAAUUAAAACGGAACCAGCACCAUUAUCACCUGAAACGCCUGCCUCUCAUCCUGAAUCAAAUACACCACCAGAGAAACCAUCAACAUCAACAUCUAUUAAAAAUGAGGUGCCCACUGAUUCACAUCACAAUCAUAAUCAUCACAAUCAUCAUCAUUUGGGCGCAUUUAAGUCAAUUAAUGCAUUGGCUGGCGAUGCAUCCGUUCAAAGUAAUCGAAUUGAAAAUAAUUCAGAGACUGUAAAUAGUAGUAAAAUAGCAAAUUCAGAUUUUAAAAUAGUUAAACGAGCGCCACCAAUACCAACAUCACCGCGACCGGCACCGCCACGACUCUGGAUGCCCAAAACCAGUUUAUCUGACCAAGUGAUCAUUACUGAUGUUACCGUAAACAAAGAAACGGUCACAAUUCGAGAGUGCAAAAAGGGUUUUUUUCAACAGUAAAUUUGAACCGACGAAUGAACGCAGAAAUGAGACAAAUGAUAAUGAUGAUGUGAUGGUGAUGAUUAUAUUCAGUGAAUGCGCACAUCAGCCCAUUUAAAAACAUAACAGAAAAAAAAAACAUUAAAAUCAACUGAGUUUGAAAAAUGUCCAUACAUACACAUCUUCGUAUAUUUUGAAUAUAUCAAAUCCAGAUAUGCAUUAACCAGUAUUUAUUCUAAUCGUAAUCAAACAUUGUUAUCAAAUAUUCGGUCAACAUUUGACAAUACAAGGAUAUAAGAAGGAAAUGAUCAUGCGAUCAAUGAGAUUGAAAACGGCACGACGAAUGUAACGCUUUCGAUGAAAUGUAUACAUGCCGAGAUCGACAGAAGGAACGACACGCCAAACGCACAUUAAUAGUGUGCGUUCGUAUACAUGUGUCUGUAAGAGGGAGAGAGGAAGAGAGCGAGAGAGAGAGAAAGAAGAUUGAAGAAGGAAAAUCUAACGAACAAAAUGCUAACAUGAAAGUAAUGGAACAAGUCUUUAACAAAGUGGUGUGUCAAUGGCUAAUUUUAUCAGGUAGUUAAAUGUAGCCCAGAUAGCACGGAUUUUUUUGUUUCGCUUCACUCACUAAGUAGCUAAAAAAAACAACAAAGAAUCAGAUAUACCGAUUUAAAUGGUUGAAAACCGUUUUCGAUUUGUUAGUUUCAUCAAUCAUAAUAUAUGCACCCAGAACAAACAAACAGACAAGCAAAAAAUGUGACAAAACAUUGUAAUUUUAUUAUAUUCUUAUUAUCAAUUAUUAUUAUUAUUGAUUUAUUGGUGACAAAACAGGACUACUUGAACGACUUGAGAUGAAGAAAAUAAAAGACACAAUAAAAACAAAAAGCAAAUAGAUUAACUGAAAUGCUAUAAAAUGAAGACGAAUAUAAGUGAGAAAAAAAAAACUAAUUUAUUUUAGUUGAUUAAGUUUAAAAUUAGUAAUUAUAUUAAAUGUAAAUAUUUGAAUGUAAAUCAUACAAAUAAUAAAUUCAAAAAUAUGCACAAU